AAAAAUCACAAAACCAAGAUGGCGGUUCAGGAGACAGCAGCUCAGCUGUCCAUGGCUCUGAAAGUCCAAGAAUAUCCCACCCUAAAGGUGCCGUACGAGACUCUGAACAAACGGUUCCGAGCGGCCCAGAAGAACAUCGACCGGGAGACGAGUCACGUCACAAUGGUGGUUGCAGAGCUGGAGAAGACCCUCAGCAGCUUCCCAGUGGUUGACUCCGUGGUGUCACUGCUGGAUGGAGUGGUGGAGAAGCUCAGUGCUCUGAAGAGGAAGGCUGCCGAGUCGAUUCAAGCAGAAGAUGAGAGUGCCAAGCUCUGCAAGCGUCGCAUCGAGCACCUGAAGGAGCACAGCAGCGACCAGCCUGGUUCUGUCAACCUGUGGAAGAAGAAACGCAUGGACCGCAUGAUGGUGGAGCACCUGCUGCGCUGUGGCUACUACAACACAGCUGUGAAGUUGGCCAGACAGAGUGGUAUAGAGGAUCUGGUGAACAUUGAGAUGUUCCUCACAGCUAAGGAGGUGGAGGAGUCUUUGGAGAGGCAGGAGACGGCCACGUGCUUGGCCUGGUGCCAUGACAACAAGUCCCGCCUCCGCAAGAUGAAGAGCUGUCUGGAGUUUAGCCUGAGAAUUCAGGAGUUCAUUGAGCUCAUCAGACAGAACAAGCGUAUGGAUGCAGUCCGACAUGCAAGGAAGCACUUCAGCCAAGCAGAAGGAGGACAGCUGGAUGAGGUCCGGCAGGUGAUGGGCAUGCUGGCCUUCCCAUCAGAUACACACAUCUCCCCAUAUAAGGAUCUUUUGGAUCCAGCUCGCUGGAAAAUGCUGAUCCAGCAGUUUCGAUACGACAACUACAGACUCCACCAGCUGGGAAACAAUUCUGUCUUCACAAUCACCCUGCAGGCUGGUCUUUCAGCCAUCAAGACGCCUCAAUGCUACAAGGAGGAUGGCUCCUCCAAAAACCCAGACUGCCCAGUUUGCAGUAAAUCUCUUAAUAAACUGGCCCAGCCGCUGCCCAUGGCUCACUGUGCCAACUCCAGGCUAGUCUGUAAGAUCUCUGGGGAGGUCAUGAAUGAGAACAACCCUCCAAUGAUGCUGCCUAACGGAUACGUCUACGGCUACAACUCCCUGCUGUCCAUUCGCCAAGACGACAAAGUUGUGUGUCCCAGAACCAAAGAGGUCUUCAGCUUCUCUCAGGCAGAGAAGGUCUACAUCAUGUGAUCACAUGGAGCUUCUCAGUGUUGACGAGAUCAAGUUAUGGCCCUGCCCUCCAUCAUUGGUGACCUGGCCCACUCAGAACCACCAGUGGAGCUGUGAUCCAGCGCCCUUCAUCCCCCAACCCCCCUCUUACCAAUAGAUAAUCCAGUCCCCCUUCCUCCCCCUCCUCCCCACUUUAUCUCACAGAAACUGGGCUCUUCUUUCAGACUGUUUAGAUGUGACUAGAAGUUGUUUGACCUGAUCCAUUCAAGCACAUGGACUAUCAACAUUUUCAUCAUCUUAAAGGCCUUUACUCUGAACCUUAGAGUCUAGACAAAAGGAGUGAGUGGAAACUGUUAGUUAGAUGUUUGAUUUUACUACAACAAAUAAAAAAGAACUUGUAAAGGAUUACUUGGGAGUUUUUUUUUCAUUUUACAAAUAGUUUCUUUUAUUUUUACAUUAACUCAGUGUUAUAACAUUUGGGGUUGGUCCUUUUUUUGUAAAAAAACAAACAAAAACAAAACAAAAAAACAAAUCUAGUCCUAUGAUCCAUGGUGGAAAACAAUCCAUCAGUGUCUUCCUUCUUAGUGAUAUUUGGGAAACGCAGCCUCAAUUGAUCAGCUAUAGAUUCUAUUUUAGCAAAUAUCUAUAGUUGUCUCGUAAUGACUUGACAGUUUUGAGAAAGAAGGCUGUUUCAGUAAAGGUGUGAACAGUUUCUAUUGCCAUGCAGGACACUUAGCUAGACCAGAACCUCUGGUUUCAAUUGUUUUUAUUCUUCAUGUGAAUCAACUUUUCAUUUCACUGUGAUUUUCCUUCAGCUUCACUCACAAUUAGACUCAUUAGACUUACAUAUGCUAUUGAUGCUUUUUAUAGGUUUCAUUUUCUAACCGUUGACCUAGCACCAAUAACAGGUGUGUAGCAUUAAGGGGUGCCAGCAGAUAUUUAAUGGUGGUACUGUUUAAGCCGCAACAAAACUGUUGAUCCAACACUGCUGCCUUUCCUUUCAAAGUCAAAGGGGACGACCUUGAGUUACCUGAGUACCGUACAUGAAUCAUUCUUGUCCUGCAUGACUGAAGUACGUAGUGUAAAGUGGAUGAGGAGAAGCUUUUAGCUUCGGCAUCUACUGAUUUCUAAAUGUUCAAGUUUAAAACAUCCCAGAAAAAAAAAAAAACGGCUUCAACGCAGGUUUUAUUUGGUCCUUUCUCCUUGUUAACCGGCCCACAUUUGUAUCCGUAUGUGAUCUGGAAGUGUAUCUGUGAAGGAGCAAACUGUCAUGUGUGUUUGUAUUGGUAGAAUAGAAACCGGGAAUGUUUUCGAGAGCUCAAUGUCUCAUAAAGAUCUUA